AUGCAGCGCACCGAUGUUAAAACGAAGUACAAGGCGCUCGUACGCAAGCGGUGGCAGCUUAUGGGCGCCCUUGCUGGACAUCUGGAUGGUCCAGACUUGUGCGAUCCUAUGACUGCUGCGCGCACCGUGGAGGAGCUUUCUGAAGUGUCCAUUGCUCUUGACCAGCUCACUGACGAGCUCCAUACUGUUGUCGAGCAGCUAGGUCAACUGAAGAGUUUGCGUGACGUACACUCUGCCAGUGCCCUUGCCAUGGCUUUGAGGAAGGUCAACGCUACCUUCCUUAAACAGGUCACUGAAACACAGAAUCUUCGAGAACAAAUCGACUCGAUGGGGGCCGAAAGAGAUGAGGCGUGGAAACAAGCAGAGGAUGUCGCCCAAGAUUUUGAUAAUCUUUCGGAUCAGGUUCGAGACAGUCGAGAGCACGUUGAAGGGACGGCAGCGUUGAGGCCGUCAAGUAGACGAUCUGCGCGAGUUUCGGCCGUUCGGAAGUCGAGUAUACGUCAAUCUAAAGCAGGCUUGCGGCCGCUCAGCAAAACUCGAAGUCAGCGUUCUUCUGUCAGUAGCUCGGGUACUCGUACGAGCCUAAUGAUGUCUAUGUCUGCAACCUCAGACGAUAUCCCGCCGGUUCCCCCACUGCCUUUACACACACCGCUUGGCAUUGUCACGUCGAAUUUAUCUGGUCGCAGCUCUCUGGGUAAGUCACAUCUUGGAUUCACAGCCACGUAUUAUCUCACGACGUUCAUCGAUAUAGGCUCCAAUUCGAACGCCUCAGUUUCUGGUGCCCGAGCCUUGGCGCAAGCUCAGCGAGAGCUGUAUGAAAUGCUGGGUCUGACUCUUCAAGAGACUCCUAGCGAAUCAUCUUCCAGGCCACGCUCUGUGUCUGGGUUACUUGGUUCUAAGCAUGUGUCACUUAGCCCCAGGCCAAUGUCCGACAUGAUUGCCAUACGACCUCGUGCUCGAGAAAACAGAGCCAUCCAUAGUGUUCUCUAUGACGACGUGCGUUUGCUCAACACUCCAUGA